AUGAGUGGGCCUUCUAUAAAUAUUAGAAAAACAGCUAGUGAUGAAGUGGAUUUUGUCCUUUCAAAUGUUGAUUUGUCAUUGGCAAAUUCAAUUAGAAGAGUGAUGAUAUCAGAAAUUCCAACUUUAGCUAUAGAUUCAGUUGAAAUUGAAACAAAUACAUCCGUGUUGGCUGAUGAAUUUAUUGCACAUAGAUUAGGUUUGAUACCUUUACAAAGUUUAGAUGUUGACAAAUUAUCAUAUUCAAGGGAUUGUACGUGUGAUGAUUAUUGUAAUAAAUGUUCAGUUGAAUUAGAAUUAAAAGUUCGUGCUGAUCAAGAUUCAACUUUAAAUGUUUAUUCCAAAGAUUUGUUUAUUGUUUCUCAAAAUACCCAUUUAAACAUUGGUAGUGCAAUUAUAACAGAUCCAGAAGAAAAUGGUGUUUUAAUUUGUAAAUUAAGAAAUGAACAAGAGUUAUUUAUAAGAUGCAUUGCUAAAAAAGGUAUUGCAAAAGAACAUGCUAAAUGGUCACCAUGUGCAGCUAUAGGAUUUGAAUAUGAUCCAUGGAAUAAACUAAAACACACAGAUUAUUGGUAUGAAGAAGAUAUAGAUGAAGAAUGGCCAAGAUCUGAAAAUUGUGAAUAUGAAGAUCCACCAAAUCCAGAAGAACCUUUUGAUUAUAAAGCAGAACCAAACAAAUACUAUAUAAAUGUUGAAACAGUUGGUUCUUUACCACCAGAUCAAGUUGUUUUAAGAGGUCUUAAUGAAUUACAAAGUAAAGUUGCUGGUAUUGUUAUGGCAUUAGAUAAAAGUGAUGGUAAUAAAACCGCUUACGGUGGUAAUCAAUCUCAAUAUGGUGCAGGAUCACAGUAUAAUGCUGGUGUAGGUGAUGCAUCCAAUUAUGAACCUCAACCUGGUGCAGGUUAUGGUGGUUAUGAUGCCCAACCAACAGGUGGUUAUGGUUAUGAUCAAUAUCAAGGAAAUUGGUAA